UCGGGACUGGUUCCAAUGUACAUUGGUGAAAUCGCUCCAACCACGCUCCGGGGUGCCCUGGGCACUCUUCACCAACUGGCCAUUGUCACAGGCAUUCUUAUUAGUCAGAUAGCUUCUCUCAGCUUUAUUCUGGGCAAUCAGGAUCGUUGGCACAUCCUGCUUGGCCUGUCCGCUGUACCAGCUCUCCUACAGUCUCUCCUGCUACUCUUCUGUCCAGAAAGCCCCCGAUACCUUUAUAUAAAGCUGGAAGAAGAAGUCAAAGCAAAGAAAUGCUUGAAGAGACUAAGAGGAGCUGAAGAUGUCACAAAAGACAUUAAUGAGAUGAAAAAAGAAAAGGAAGAGGCAUCUACUGAGCAGAAAGUUUCCGUGAUUCAGCUCUUCACAGAUUCCAGCUACCGACAGCCCAUCAUCGUAGCACUAAUGCUGCACAUGGCUCAGCAGUUUUCUGGAAUCAAUGGGAUAUUUUACUACUCAACCAGCAUUUUCCAGACAGCUGGUAUCAGCCAGCCUGUGUAUGCCACCAUUGGCGUUGGUGCCAUCAACUUGAUCUUCACUGCUGUCUCUGUACUGCUUGUGGAGAAGGCAGGGCGGCGGUCCCUGUUUCUAGCUGGAAUGAUCGGGAUGUUUUUCUGUGCCAUCUUCAUGUCCUUGGGACUUGUGCUGCUGGAUAAAUUCGCCUGGAUGAGUUACGUGAGCAUGACAGCCAUUUUCCUCUUCGUCAGUUUCUUUGAGAUUGGGCCAGGUCCAAUCCCUUGGUUCAUGGUUGCUGAAUUUUUCAGCCAAGGCCCCCGCCCCACUGCUCUGGCACUGGCUGCCUUCAGCAACUGGUUCUGCAAUUUCAUUAUUGCUCUCUGCUUCCAGUACAUCGCGGACUUCUGCGGACCUUAUGUGUUCUUCCUCUUCGCUGGGGUCGUCCUGGCCUUCACCCUGUUUACAUUUUUUAAAGUUCCAGAGACCAAAGGAAAGUCUUUUGAGGAAAUCGCUGCAGAAUUUCGGAAGAAGAGAGGUGUGGCCCAACCCCCCAAGGCUGCUGUACAAAUGGAAUUCUUGGGGGCUUCAGAGACUGCCUGAGGAUGACCUGUCUAAAGCCCAAGAACAGACAGGAAGGGAACCACGU